AUGGCAAAAAAUUAUUCUGAGAGAGAUCUUAAAAACCCAACUAGUCUUAGGAUCCUUGCGAUUGACAAUGACCCCACAGUUCUUGAACUCAUCAAGAAUGGAUGCAACAGAUAUUCUUAUGAAGUAAUGACAUUCUCUGAGACUCUUCCUGCUGUGGAUGUUUUGCGGGGAAGCAAAGACCAGUUUAAUUUGAUACUCGUGGAUGUUCAUAUGCCAGAGAUGGAUGGCCAUGAAUUCCUACGAUUUGUCAAACAGGAGAACAUUUUUGCUCCUGUAAUCGGUGUGUAA